AUGCGAGACUUGGCUGAAGAAGGCGACGCCGCUCCCGCCGCUGCUCCUCCGAGACGCUCUUUUUUUCGACGCAUUUUUAAUCGGCUAAGACCAAGACAAAGAGACAACGAGCAGUUUGGUGAUAUUGUAAGUUUGGCUGGAAGGCGACGACCAACUCCUUCUGCUACUCAAAUCAAUCAGGCUACUGAACGAUACGCUUGGUAUAGAAAUCGCAGCAGCAAUGGUCAGCAGCCACAGCAGCAGCAUGACUUGCCACCUUCUUAUAAUACAGCGGUUUUCGGCCGCAGAAACCAACAACACGCCGAUACCGCCGAUGCCAAUGACGAAAACAGCGACUCUUCUUCUUCUGCCACCGACGAUUCGUCUUCGUCGUCGUCGUCCUCGUCGUCAAUUUCAUCAAUGUCUUCUGGAGAUGAGGGCGAGGAUGAAGCGAGUGGUAGCAGUGACCGAUCAGCAGCGGGCGAAAUCACAAGCGACAGCGAAAACGGCCGAGACCAGAUUUCGCCAGAUGCUUAUCAUGAUAUGGCUUUUAAUUCUCUUGUGGAUGUACUUGUGUCAAAAGUUGCUUACAACACGGUCGAAUCUGUUUUUGAAGAGCUGCUUAAUUCAACUUGCAAGAAGACAACACUCGCCGAUUUGGAUAUUUUUCCAGCGGAUUCAUCCGACAACAACAGUUACGAUUCAAUUGAGCCACUUAGUUCGCCAGCGAUGAGCCCAAUCGUUAAAUUCCAGCACAAACCAAGCUACCAAACGCCUCAACAUAAAAAUCGCUAUUCGAUUUACGGCGACGACGAUCAACAAGAACCCGAGUUCUUAUCAGCUAUCAUUUCCUCCACAACUACAGCCACAGACAAUGUUAUUGUCUUUGACACACCGUUGAGCAAGGAGCAAGACGAAAAAUUUGCUCAAUCACCGCUGCGAAUGGUUGAACUAGUGGCUCAACACUGCGCCGACAAUUCAGAGCACAUGAAGAUGAUGAUUUCGGCCGCCACUUCUCCCCUACCAUAUAGUACCAGCGAUGAAACUUUUGGCGCCGCCGAUGCAACUGUUUUUCUGUCUGCAUGUGACGCUACAGUUGUUGCCGACGACGACGACGCCGACGACCAAAUUGCCGCCGCCGGUGAAGAAGGCGCCGCCGCCGCCGAUUCUUCUGCUUGGAGUUGGAUGACAAAAACUCCACCACCAAACACUCCGCCAGCUACACCACCGCCAACGCCCGCCACGCCAGAGAACGAAUGCAAAAAGGAAGUAAAGAAAGAAAGUGAAGAUGAGGAAAAGGAAAAUCAAGAUCCAGAAGCAGCAGCAGCUCAGCCCGCGCAAGUACCAAGCAAGAAAAAAGAAAGAAACGAAUGGGGGCUGAUCAAUUGA